CGAAGCCAUUCGGCUUUGCUGCUAGACACACAGGGCUACAACUGAGCUCUGGGCCAGCUAGCUCGGGCGCGACAAGGCCGAGCAGCGAAACGCGGCUUUCCCGCCGCCCCUCGUGGGGCCGAGGGAGGCAGCGGCAGCUACUCUUGUUCAAUAACAAUGCCCGCCGGACGGGAGGGGGGAGUUAUUGCCAUGGCAACCUGGGCCCGCCUCUUGGGACUAGGCCGCCACGGCGGCGGCCUAACAGCUAUGGAGAGCGGUGGUAGUUUGACCGGUUUGGCCGCCGGGAGCCCUGAAGAUCCCGGCCCAGUCCCGAGGCCUGCGAUCGACCCUCCCGUUCUCUCGACAGAAAUACCAGAGUUUGCUGUCAUGAAUGAGGAACCUGCCACAAUUUGUUUCAAUGAAGAUGAUUAUUACUGUCCUGUCUGCCAAGAUGUGUUCAAAACACCUGUCAGGAUUUCCAUUUGUCAACAUGUAUUUUGUAGGAAAUGUUUCUUAAUGGCUAUGAAAGAAGGUGGAACACACUGUCCAUUAUGUCGAGGCAUUGUAACCAGAAAAGAAAAGGCCCGUCCCAACAGGGCCUUAGAUGUUGAAAACAACAUGAAGAAGUUGGUGGGGAGUUGUAGAUGCUGUGAAAAACAGAUUAGAUUCUCUCGUAUGAGACAGCAUUAUAAAUCAUGUAAGAAGUAUCAAGAUGAAUAUGGUGUUUCUUCUGUAAUUCCAAACUUAGACAUAUCUCAGGAUUCAACAGGAAACAGUUUUAGGAGUGAUUCUUCUACUUCGGAAGUGGGAGAAAAUUCUAAUCUACAUGUUCCUGAAGAACCUGCAAGUGAGCAGCCUACAUUCAAAUGCCCUCUGUGUCAAGAAAGUAACUUCACAAGGCAGACUCUAUUGGAUCAUUGUAAUGACAGGCAUCUUUAUCAAGUAGAUCCAGUAGUCUGUCCUGUUUGUGUCACUCUUCCAUGGGGAGAUCCUAACCAGGUUACUAGAGAUUUAGUUGGCCACUUAAAUCAAAGGCAUCAACUUGACUAUGGAAAUUUUAUGGUAAGAAAUUUGUAUGAUAUUUUUUUCUGCUCUUGAAGACUGUAUUAGAUC